GGUCCAAAGCGCGCACCCGUUGGUGGAGGAGAAGAGAGGACAGAAGGCGGCAGAAAGACAAAUAAAUCCCAAUUAACCGGUUAUUCUGAAAAGCGUCUCACAAAAUCCGGGCGAAAUGUCAGAGGAAAAGCCAAAGGAGGGAGUAAAGACUGAGAAUGAUCACAUCAACCUCAAGGUUGCAGGGCAAGAUGGGUCUGUGGUCCAGUUCAAAAUCAAAAGACACACACCGCUCAGUAAACUAAUGAAGGCGUAUUGUGAACGACAGGGUCUUUCAAUAAGACAGAUCAGGUUCAGGUUUGAUGGCCAGCCUAUCAAUGAGACGGAUACACCUGCACAGCUGGAGAUGGAAGAUGAAGACACUAUAGAUGUUUUCCAGCAGCAGACGGGCGGGCACUGCUAAGCUCUCCUCACCUCAUUGAUGGCCACCGUCAGACCACGCCCUCAGCCAUCUUCACUGUCCCUUCCUCCCCAUCGGUCCUCUCUAUUAUAAUUUUAAUUAUAAUUUUUUUUUU